AUGGCCGAAAACCAACAAGAGAAACUGUCUCAUGAACCGGUCGCCGGAACGUCAGAUGAAGCUGCAUCGAACCAGCAGGAGCAACAGCAGCGAGAGCGUCGUUGUAGCUUCUGUGAGUGCUUUCGGAUGCGAGCAGAGCAGCAGCAGCAGGAUCUCCGAGACCUCGUCAACAUCCGCACCCACCACAUCCACAACGAGCAGGCCAUUAGGCGAGCUAUCGCCAGAACCAUGCAGCACUAUCUCGAUUACAGCCGGAUGCGAGCCUUCAUAGCUCGGAGCAACGCACCCGCCGUCUGCUCCCCCUCCUGCAGCAGCACCUUCUGCAACUCGUUUCUGUGGCUCGGUGGCUGCCGGCCGACGGUCAUCACUCGCCUAGUCUACGUCAUGGCCGGCCAGGAGGUGGAAGGCCAGCUCUGGGAGCUCCUCCAAGACGUCGAGGUGCGGAACCUCGCCGGCCUCUCGGCGCACCAGCUGGAGCGGAUCAGCAACGUGCAGAGAGCGACCAUCAGAAUGGAGGAGGCGCUGUCGAAGAGGAUGGCGAGCCUGCAGGAGGCGAUGGCGGAUCAGCCGCUGGUCGGGCUGGCGAGGAGCAUGCAUGGUGAAAGCAGCCGCACUGCGGUUUCCGGCAGCCCGGACUCGGUGAUGGGGGCGUAUUCUGGCAGGAUGGCGGAGAUAAUGGCGGACGCUGACAAGCUGCGGCUGCAGACGCUGGCCAAGACGAUAGAGAUCCUCACCAUAACUCAGGCGCUAGACCUGCUGAUCACCGGAGCGCAGCUAAAUAUCUGCGUUCUCCGGCAGGGAAAAAGGCGGGAUCGAACUCAUGCAUCCUAG